CGUAGGCAGAAAAUUUCAAAUUUUCUAUCGAAAUUUCAAUUAUUUUGAGUCGACACUUUUUGUGAAGAAUAAAAGAAAGUCAUCCCUGUUCGGCCAUUGGAACUUCAAUUCUUCUGCUACUCAGAGUCAGCUGUUCAGACAGCAGACACAGUAGAAGUGGAAAAAUGGCGUCCCUGCUCCAACGCGUAUCUUCCAUCGCGGAAAAAUUGGUGGUACAUUCUCCAAAGAAGAUUCCGACCAGGAACUUGUCAGUUCACGAGUAUGUAUCUAUGUCUCUUCUUCAAGAGGCAGGAGUUCCUGUUCCUAAAUUUGGAGUUGCAAAGACUGCUGCCGAGGCAAAGCAGAUUGCAAAGGAUCUGAAUGUAACUGAUCUGGUGAUUAAAGCUCAGGUCCUGGCUGGAGGUAGAGGAAAGGGACACUUUGCCAAGAGCACUGGAAAGGGUGGUAGUAAGAGCGCUGGUGGUGUCCGUCUACUCUAUUCUCCUGAGGAGAUAGAAGCAGCUGCUGGAGAUAUGAUUGGAGAUUUCCUCAUCACUAAACAGACAGGAGCAGAGGGCAGGAUCUGUAACUCUGUUAUGAUCACAGAGAGGAAGUUCACCAGGAAAGAAUACUACAUCGCCUUCAUGAACGAAAGAACUUUCGGGGGACCAGUUCUAAUUGCAUCUAGCGAGGGAGGAGUUAACAUUGAAGAGAUAGCUGAGAAGAACCCUGAUGCUAUUGUUAAAACACCGAUAGAUAUCACACAGGGACUCUCUCUAGACACUGCCAAGGAUGUUGCUGUACAGCUCGGUAUUAACCCUGCUAAACAGGCUGAGGUAGCACAGACUCUGAUAGAUCUGUACAAUCUGUUCCUCAACAAGGACGCAUCCAUGGUUGAAAUCAAUCCAUUCGCUGAGGAUUCACAAGGGAACUUUGUCUGCCUCGACGCUAAACUCAGGUUCGACGAUAACGCUGAUUACAGGCAGAAGGAGGUGUUCGACCAGAGGGACUGGACCCAGGAGGAUCCUAGAGAGGUGGAGGCAGCAGGGUAUAAUCUAAAUUAUAUUGCUCUAGACGGAGAUAUCGGCUGCAUGGUAAACGGAGCAGGGUUGGCAAUGGCAACUAUGGAUAUUAUUAAACUUCACGGUGGAGCUCCUGCCAACUUCCUUGAUGUAGGAGGUGGAGCUACCAGCCAGCAGGUCAAGGAAGCAUUCAAGAUCAUCACAGGAGAUCCUAAGGUAAACGCCAUCUUGGUCAAUAUAUUUGGCGGUAUUAUGCGUUGUGACGUUAUUGCUGAGGGUAUUAUUGCUGCGGCUCGUGAACUCAACCUGACAACCCCAAUUGUGGUCAGGCUUCAGGGAACUAAUGUUGAUGAGGCAAAGGUAAUGAUCGGAUCCUCAGGACUGAAAAUUCUUCCCAUUGAUAACCUCGACGAGGCAGCCAGGUUGGCUUGCAAACUGUCCAACAUUGUUGCUGUGGCUAGAGAGGCUCACCUCGAUAUUAAAUUUGAAAUUCCUCUUUAAUUUAUUCGAAUUCAACUCUCCAUCUUCCGCACAUAGAACACUAUACAGUUUACAGUUUACACACCACGCUCACAGUUUAUCAGUUUAUCAGAACACAACCAAUAUUCUUCACAACUUAUUAAUAUUUUAAUAUUUCUGAUGACUGUUCAGAUAUUUAGAUCUGAUCUAGUAGUAUAUAAAUGACAAGUUGUUGGUUUUAAAACAGGUUCCUAAUUAAACAUCCCACAAUUGAUGAUGAUCUCAAAUCUCAGGAUAUUAUCCAACCCACGUAGUAAAUAUAUGCUCUUUAAACCAUCUUAAUCAAGAGUUCUGCCGGGGGAACAGGAGAUCGUUAAAGGACAUUUCCCCUGUUCAAACCUGCAAUAUUACCUCGAAUUGAAAAAUUUCGAUUAUUUAUAUGAAAAUAUUUUAUUGUUGACGCUUUUGAUGACGAUACUUAAAUUAUGUGUUAUUAAUUUACCUAAAUGCCUAGUCGCGGUUAUAAAAUGUAUGCUCUGUAGUUUUUAAUAAAAUAUAAAUAACAUUUCUUAAUAA